AUGCCACCCAGGACGCGAGGAGGGAGUACUAGGAGGCGAACCCCAGUUAGUGGUAGGAGCAGAAGGGGACGGGAUCCCAACCGCGAGGACACCGUGGAAGGGCCCGACGUAACGAUGACAUGCCCGCUGCUAGCGACACCCCAGCCCGCCCGAGACUCAGCAGUGGAAUUGGUAGACGUAUUGCGGAUUGUAGUACGAAACUUGUCCGAUGACCAACUGGCUAAUGACUCAGCCUCCACUAUGGAAGCCAGAUGCCUGCAGGAUUUUAAGAGAGGUGACCCGCAAACCUUCAAGGGAACUUCUGAUGACCCGGCAGAGGCACAGUUGUGGCUGAGUUCCAUAGAGAUCGUAUUUAGGCUGACAAACUGUCCCGAAGACCAAAAGGUGGAAUGCGCAGCAUUCAUGCUGCGUGCCGAUGCUCAAGUAUGGUGGCGCAGACCCACCAGCUUAUCAGACCCGGGGGGGGGGGAAANCUCAUGGACAAAAUUUAAGGAGGCCUUUGCAGUGGCGUACUACCCAGAGGACGUGCAGAAACGCAAGCAUCAGGAAUUCACUCACCUGAAGCAGAGAGGGCGUUCGGUUACUGCCUAUGCCAGAGAGUUCACCAAGUUGAAAUGCUUCGCCCCGGACUUGGUAGACACCGACUAUAGGAUGGCCUGCCGAUUUGUGCUAGGGUUGGACCGAAAGAUCCAUAACGUGGUUGAAGCGAUAGCACCUACGGCUUAUGCUGACGCGCUGAGAGUAGCGCGGGCCAUGGAGGGGACCGAUGGACCGAGCGAAUCCUACUCAUCGACCCAAAGACGAAAAUGA